AUGGCCCGGAUGAAGCGGCAUCUAUUGGCCAUCGUUUUGCUGUUGGGAAUUGCUGGAGUUGCAUGCCAAAAAAGCAACGAAGAUGACAACAGCCAGGAAACCGAUGCUGACAACAAAUUAACGAUCUCUUCGAAAGAAAAUGUUGUCAAAGCCGACGACAAACUUGUGGUAUCCUGUGUUUUCAACGGCGAUCUAGCCGACCCGGCCGAUCUCAAACUGUUCCGCCGGAAUGCGGGCAAGCAUCAUAGCGGCGGCCUGCGAUUCCUCUAUCCCAGGGUCUUCACGAUUUCGCUGGCCGAACAUAAGACGGGCCAUCGGAAGAAGAAUUUGCAUUUUUUGAGCCUUGAGGCUUCGGAUUCGGGUACAUACACUUGUGUGGCGACUGAUUUGGAUGGAAAGGUGCAUCGGGCACAGUCUAAGAUCGAUGUUACACCGCCUGUGCACUGGGCUGAUACAGCGACCGUAGUUGGUGGAUUGGCCGGAGAGAGGCUCAUUAUCAACUGUGGAGCUUCCGGCGAGCCAUCUCCAUUGUCCCAGAAUUCGCCGCGGAAUCCAUCGAUCGAUAUGCAAUUAUUGGACGCAGUGCAGUUUUACCCUGCAACACGACUGCCUCCAACCCGAUCCCCAUCAACAUACACUUUUUACGAAGAAGCAAAGAUCCAUGAUGCUGAGCGAUUUUCGCUCGUUAAGCACGUGCUCGACCAUUCCGCCGCAUUGACCAUCAAGCACGUUACGAUUGAUGAUCUUGGAGAAUACAGAUGCGAUGUGAACAACGGAAAAGGAUCGGAAGCU